CGGGAUAGGUGUGCCUAGACCCUCAGCUAUGUUCCUCUCUGUCUUUCCUGGACAGUUUCCCAUCACAGACGAGGUGUGCAGGAUGCGUCACACUGAAUGGAACAGUGCGUUCCACCUGACUUGUACGCAAGUGCUACAGAAGGUGCUUGGAGGGGAAUUUGGCAUAUUUUUCGUCGACAACGCCCACUUCGUGGACUCUGAGUCCUGGUCUAUCAUGUGGCCCCUGCUCCAAAGCGUCACGGUCCUUAUGGUCAUGAGCUUAGCUCCGGGCCGUGACAGAGCAGAGGACAUUUUCAAAGCUGCCACGGACAGCACAACAUCGGAGAGAAUCACCUGUCUUCGUCUGGAAGGGCUGAAAGCUUCAGACGUGGUGCGGAAAGCCUGCCAGGAGCUUGGAGUGCGCAGCAUCCCCAGGGAGCUGGCAAGGUUCCUGAUCCAGAGAAGCUCUGGCAUCCCAUAUUACUGUGAGGAACUGCUGCGCUCCCUGCGUUGCAACAACAUGCUCUUGUUGCACACCGGGAGGCCGAAGGAAGGAGAGGACAGCUGGCAGAGCCUGAUGGCCAAGGCAUCACCCGCUGUCACAGCUGCCUCAAGCCCGGGUAGCGGGUGUGACGGAGAAAGGAUGUGUGCCAUCAGACCAGACGUGAACCUGGAGACCUCCAUGCUGCCGUUUGCCUUGAAAGAGAUUGCGCUGGCUGAGCUGGACCGGAUGGAUCUACAGAAGCAGAUGGUUCUGAAGUUUGCAGCCAUCAUAGGGCCGGUGUUUACAACCCAGCAGCUGGUUCACAUCCUUCCCAUCUCUGUAAAUCAGUGGAUUAAUCCACUGCUGGACAUGCUGGUGAAGGACAACAUCCUGAAGCGGCUGGAGAACACAGAGGAGCCGGAAGACGUGCAAGGUGCUCCAGAGGGGCCGGCCACCUCCGGGCAGGCAGGAAGCGGGGUGGAGAGGCCCUCCGUGAACACGGGGUCCAGAAAACAACAGUCUGACGUCCUGGCCUUCUGCGCCCCACUGCUGUGGGAGGCGACGUACGAGCUGUGGCCCACGAGGGAGAGGGUGAACAUUCACCGCCAGUGUGCCGCCUUCCUGGAGAAGCAUGCGCACAAAUGCCAGAGGUGCCACGGAGGGGACUUUGUGGCCUUCCACCGCUUCGGCGUCUCCAGCCCCCAGAAGCAGGGGAGCUGCCAGGGCUCUGCUGAUGAGGAUGACUGGUGCAGCUGGGAGGCCUUGGUAGUUGCUGGAGAACACCUGAGGAGGGCCAGGACCCACCCUGCAGAAGGCGAGAUUCUGGCAGAGGGCGAGCAGACAACUCUGCGGGCCGAGGACGGUGGCGAGUGCUCCUGCCAGUGCGAAGCCAUCGCCGAAGCAGUGCUUGUGCCCCUGGCUCGCCACUACAGGGCAAUGGGCAGCACUUCCCAAGCCCUCUAUUAUGUGCUGGAGUGUGCGGCUGCCUACCUGCACGUCUCCAACAGCUACAUGGCCCUCAUGAAGCUGAGCGAAGCAGAGGCUCUGAGGAGCUCCGUCAAAAAGGAAAGAAAUGCCAUCGACCGCUUUGAGGAGGCCAUCUUCUUCAGCCUCAAAGGAGAGGUCUGCAGUAACGUGGGAUGUGUGAAGCUGGCCAAGGAAAUGAGCAGGCAGGCGCUGAGACUGCUGGAAAAGCGGUUCCCCCGGACUCGUGCCGGGGCCUUUGUCAAGUCUCUGUGGGAAGGGUUGAAGCGUGCUCCUCAGGCCACAGGCAGAGCGUCCUUCCUUCCCCAGGAGGCUCGGAGGAAGAAGCAAGCCUGGCUGGUUCAGCGGAGCAGAUGCCUCUCCUUGCUCGAGGACCUCUACAGCCAGGAGGGCACAUCUGGCGGACAGAGGUUCUCCCGCCUGGCAGCGCUCAUGAAGGCCAACACGGACAGCAAGAUGCACUCCUAUCAGGCAGCAGACUCACACAUUGGACAAGCCUUGAAUUAAGGAAAAUAGGCUUAGACAACGAGUGCAGACAGCGGGUCUCCUGUUCCUCCAAGUGACACCGUUCAGGUACCCUACGUCUGGAAUGCAGACAGCAGGCUAGGACAGUAAACCACAAAUUAACAAAGAAGCAACAAAUUGGUGGACGGAGUUGUAGCCGAUGAGAGGACCGGCCAAAGCCAGGUGAAAGAAUACAGUGAGGAAGACCAUGGCCUUCAUCAGAAAGACCACCAGACAACCAGCAAGAGAUACCACGCAUGCGUAAAAGAACU